GCGACAGCGGCUGUCACUUCGCCCCAGCUGCUGGUUUGUGACGGAAUCGGCGUCUCAUAAAAUACAACCUUUUCAGUUUUUUUUCCGCCACAGGAGAUAAAUAAAACCUGGGCCCGUGGCAGAAAAUUUUUAAACCUGGUGUCAGUCAGCUCUGUCCCGAAGUCCUUGCUCCGGCUGGCCACCAUGAAUGAAAAUCAAGGGAAAGAACAAACCGACAUCUCGUUGCUGUAUUCCAGCACCUUCGCCCAGGUUAUCUUCGUCAAUGUGGAAAAGGUGUACAUGACAGAUGUUCCUGUGAAAUGCAACUACACACUGACACCCAGGAUCGUUGCCCAUAAGAAAGACUGGAUUGGAAUUUUCAAGGUUGGUUGGAGUACUGCUCGUGAUUAUCACACUUUUGUUUGGGCUCCCCUCCCAAAAGAAGACAACCAGGUAGAGCGACAGCAGCAAGUGAUGUUUGAAGCUUACUACCUUCCGAAAGACUAUAAUGACUUUUACCAGUUUUGCUACGUUACUCAGAAGGGGGAAAUUCGUGGGGCCAGUACACCUUUUGGAUUCAAACCGGCUCAUUCUAGCUUGUCUGACCAUCUGGACAAUGAUUUCAGCCAAGAAAUGCUCAUCAUCACUACCCAAGACAAACUUGAAGAAACAGAAAGAGAGAAGGAUGAUUUGAAGGCGAGCAAUGUGAAACUCAUGGAGGAAAACACAGCCCUGAAAGAAAAGAUCAAAGAGUUUGAAACACAGGCACAACAAGACAAAGAAGAACAAUUUAGAGCAUUGGAGAUGAAUAAGACGGACAUGAUGGCAUUAGAGAAACAAAUGUUGGAACAGAAGGUGGAUAAUGAGGUGGAAUUGAAGGCACAGACUGAAAAGACUGAGCAACUCAGAAGGGAAUUGGCUGAAAAAGAUAUAAUGUGCUUAAAAGUACAAAAGGAAAAUCAGGAAUUGCGGGCAAAGAUGGAGUCAGCACAAGUCACUGUUGAGCAGUUAAAACAGAACAAUGACAAAGCUGCAGAUAAAGCAAGACGUCUCCAGCAAGAAGCCAAGUCACUGAGGAUGGAGAUCAACACAAAGGAAACUGAGCUAACAAACCUGGCAGAAACCAAGAAUCAGAUUGCAAAAGAAUUGGAAGUUUCACAGGAGAACAUCAAGCACCUCCAGUCUGAACUUGAUAACCAGAAAAAAGAAAAUGGGAAGUUAGCAGACGGUCUGAAGAAAAUGGCUGGAAAGGAGAUUGAAGUGCAGAAGCAAACAGCUGAGGUUCUGCGCUUGCAGCAAGCCUUAUCCGAUUGCGAGAAACUGAAGGCGGCCAGUUUGACAACUGAAAGACAGCUACAAGAGCAAGUAGAGAAUCUCCAGCAAUGCCUGCGGAUUGUAGAAGAGCAGUUGCAGUUGGCUGAAAAGCAACAGGUUCAAAUGACUGCGGAGCUGAAAGCAGUGAAAGCUGACGGGGAGAAGAGUGACGCCAAUCUCCGAGAUGCUCGUGAAGACGUUCAGCACUGGAAAAGCAAAUUUGAAAAGUUGGACCAAAUCUUUUCUAAGAAUGAGGUUAAGUUUAAAGAAAUGGAACGUGAACUUGAUAAUAAGACCCAUAUUGUGGACCUUCGCACCAUGGAAGUGGCUGAUUUACAAGAAGAGAUCAAGAAGCUGAAUAGGAAGAUUGACAAUUUGAGGGUGAGUUCAAACCACCAAAAUGGAACAUUUCAGCUGGAACACCCUAACCCCUACAGCUUGACUGUUCCAAAAGUCCAUUCUGGACAUUCUGGACUCCUGUUUGGCAACCCAUACUCCGAAUGUGGUGCCAAUGAAUCACAGACUGGUGGAAGCCUUGAUGCUGUGCAAACCAUGGAUGGCACGGAGACUUCAGCCAGGGAAGAGGCAAUUCCCACUGACUGCCAAAAGUGUCCAGUGUGUGAAGUCCUAUUCCCGCUCUACAUGGAGGAUUUUGACUUCGAGCAACAUGUUCAGAAACACUUUAUGUUCAGUUGCCCUGUUUGCCAAAAACACUUUUCAGACAACCAACAGCGUGCUUAUGAAGAUCAUGUGCAGUCCCAUUUUUUGGACACCAUGUGAGGGGCAAAUAACAAAACCAGUUUGAGUUCUGCUUUAUAAAGGUAGUACCACUUUUCAGUCUGAAUUUUAUUUUUUGACAUUUUAGCUCUUGUUUUAUUUUAUUAAUUAAAAUCUCAUUAUUGUUCACCCAAAUAUGACACAGUUGAAGGGAUGAACAGGGAGCUUGUUGCCUCAUAUCAAUACUGGUCUUGCAUGAGCCCUGCAGUGUGACUGGAGAAUAACGUGCGUGAUUUUUCUUCCCAACAAAGUGCCUAAGUAUGUGUGACUUAUUGAUCGAAUUGGGCCUCAGUCCAAAGGUGGACUGGUAUCCAAUAGUGACGUUAUGAGGCUUUUUCACUUGAGCUAAUUGCAGAUCUUCAAUCACACCUAUUCUCUAAGUCUAGUAGCAAACAUCACCAAUUUAUAGCUGAAUGCAAAUCUUGUUUUUAACGUAAUAAGCACUGGGUGCUUUUGAAUCAAGUCUGAAACCAGCGACUGUUUACAAAUCUAUAAAGUCUCUGAUCCUAACAACCAUAAAACGUGAAGGGACACUGAUUAGUACAUUGUGGAAAAAUCCUGUCUGAAACCAGACUAUCACCCAACGUGCUUUGCACAUACCUCUUAAUGUAUAAAUAAAUCUCUUGAGUCAUGCUUCAAAGUUAUAGAACCACAAUUCAUCUUGAAAUGCUGCCCAGUCUGCAAACUCAUCAUUACACACAAAUCUCUCAUUAGUAGGAUAUAAUAUAGUAUGUGCAUUGCAAUACUCUCCACAAUAAGUAAUCUAACAUUGAAGUGUAGUUUAAAAACACCACAGGAGUUCUAUCGAAAUCUCAAUUAUUUUUGUCACUUCCAGCUAUUUCCUAUUCUUGUUUGGAUAGAUUGCAUUUACAGGAAAUAAAAUUGUUCUGAAUUUCAUGUGAUUUCAUUUGGAAUUGUGUGUUGUCGGAAAUAAUUUUAUAGAUGGUUAACUUGAGAUUUAUGCAGCUGCUGUGAAGAGGUCAUUCUUCCUGGUGUUUUAUUUAAAAGCUUUAUGAAAUUUCUAUAAUAUUUCGAGAGCAUCAAAUGCAGGGCGUAUACUGUACAAGUUUAUUCUAAUUAUAGUAAGAAUGAUGGAUGUUUUGUUUGAUUGUAGGAAUUGAAAUGUGCCUGUUACAAAUCUUAACUUAAGUGAAUAGCACAUGUACAGUGUAUUUUCACUUAUUGAAGGAUGGAAUGUAUUGCUGGAAAUUAAAGAUGGUUACAUUGUGA